AUGUCUUCUCGCAAGAAUACUGUUGAGACGUCCUCCAAGGUCCCUGAGGAGAUGGUUAAAAAUAAUGACUCCAUGAGGGCCUUUAAGAAUGCGAGAAAGGCUACAGCUGCUCAGAACAUCUCAUCUAAAGCUGCAGGGGAGGGAUCUUCUCAAGUUCCUCCUAAGAAGCCGAUCUCAAGCUUUGCUGGGCCGAGAAGGAUGAUUCCCACUCCUCAUGUUCAUUUGGUUGAUCCUCCCCAGACCUCUGCUGCUACUUCUUCUCGUACUGUUGGCCUGAGGAUUAUUCCUGACCCCAGGAUUCUGUGUGCCUUAUUUGGUGAAUAUGUUGAUGAACUUAAUCGAUUUUUGUCCUCUGGUUCUAUUCCACAUGGAGUUAGUGUAUCCCAAUCCAUUGGCAUUGUUGGCUCUGGAAAAAAUAUCGGAAUAGAAGAAGACUUUAUGAAGCUCACACCUAGGUGUACUGCGAAGUCGCUUGAUGAUAACAACCGGGCUGAAACUUUUGUUGUACUAGCGAAAAUAGCUGAAAUAGUUGAGGAUGGCCCUUGGUGGUACUCUGCUUGUGUGUGUGGCAGAGUUGUUAACCUUAGGCCAGUCUUUAUGUGCAUCUUAAAAAAAUCCAAGUUUAGAGUGAAGGUGUUGGUUGAGGAUUCCACUGGUGUUUUUAUUUUUGUCCUCUUUGAUCGUGAGGCAAGUUACCUACUGAAUAAGACUUGUGCUCACUUGUUUGAACAAUAUCUUAAGGAUGUUGAUGUUGUGUUUGGCACACAGUCUCCUCCUAUAUUCCAAGAAAUUGUUGAAAAAACUAUGUUGUUCAAGGUUCUUAGUAGGCCUGUUGGGAUGGAAAAAUUCAAAGGGACUUAUCCAGUGAGGCGUAUUUGUGAUGAUGCUGCAAUAGUUGGAAUGUUUGAGCUCUCUGGUUCAUAUUUGAGUCCCGAAAAGGCUGAGUUUAUACCAAAAGGAGAAGGAUCAUUUGGGGAAUCCUCUAAAGUUAUCAAAUCACCAAAUUUGGGAUUGACUCCUUCCAGCUGCUCUGAGCUCUUUGCUGGUUCGCCUCAAUGUACCCAAAAGGAAUCAAGUGUUGUUGACUUGGGAGUUGAUGAAGAUGCUAAGGUUCCAUGCUUCCAAGAAAGUCUGUUUAAUGCUGUCAUGGAUAAGUUAAAUGAAGUGGAUAAUUCUGAAAAUUCAUGUGAUGAAGUUGAUGAAAGUGAAGAGGCGUAUGUGGUUGGCCUUAAUCGAGGCUCUCUUAAUGAUGAGAAAGAUGUGAAGCCUUUGUUGAAGAGGUUGAGAAGAUCCUUGAGGCUGCAAUUUGAUGAAGCUGAUGAGUCUCGUGGCUCGGGGAAUGAUGGCUCCUCUGGACAGGGGGUUAAUUGA